AUGCCAACUUGUGUAGAAUGUGGGGCACCUGUGACGAAUCUUUAUACAGAAUAUAGUGAAGGAAACAUUCGUUUAACUCAUUGUGAAAAAUGUAAAAAAUUUGCAGAUAAAUAUGUUGAACACGAUUUUGUAAUAAUUUUUAUUGAUAUGCUUUUACAUAAACCACAAGUUUAUCGACAUUUAUUAUUUAAUCGAUUGGAAUAUAGAGAUUAUGGAAUUAAUUAG